GUACAGAGACUGAGCUGCAAUUAAGUGAAAAAUAGAGCACAAGAUCUUGAAGACCCUCACUGAGAUCUCUGUCUUUCCUUGUUUUCCAUGGGUUCCUCUGGCCACACCUGAGACUUGAAGGACAAGAAGGAUGAACAUGGCCCUGCUGCCCUGCCAGCCCUGAAUUUUCUUCUCCACUCAGCUGUUCCUUGUCCUGGCUUUCCAGCUUAUUAUAAAAUGUGUAGGAGGCUGUGGUUGAAGCUUCGUGUGCGCUCCUGGUUGUCAUUAUAGGCCCUUACAGACACUGUGUAUGUCCUUGCUUCUUGCUUCCACGGGACACAUGAGUCUAUUGGAACUUGGGACAAGAAGAAAACAACAAGGUAUCUCCACAACGAAACCCAGACAGUAAAAAGACAUCACAAACUCUGGAGAGCCAGGACACAAACAUGGCCGACAGUGGCUGCAGGGACCCUGUGGAAGACUCUCAAAAGGAUUCGGAAAAUGAUCCCUCAGUCAGCUCUCAAGCCCAGGGCACUGCAGUCAUACCAAAUGACACUGAAGAAGCCCAGACCCCACAUCCUGCAUGUGAUCUCAAGAACCGCCAUCACGAGGUAGGGGCCAGAGGUCAAGAGCAUGCAGACACAGGUGGCAGAUCAGAAGGUUCAGAGGAAGCGGCUGCAGGAAGACACCCGACGGAUAAAGCAGAGACCAGGAGCACCCUGCAUUCUCAGGACACAGGGCAGGAACGUCACCCCGCCUUGGAGCAUCUGGGUGCAGAGGCCCUGGAUCUGGAUCCUGCCUGCUCUCAAAGCAGCAAGGGAGGAAGAGCAGAUGCACACCUGGGGAGCAGGUCUGCAGCCCCCCCAGAGGGAGCAGGGGACAGAUGUGACGCUGCUCAGGAGCCACUUGCUGCAGAUGCCACAGAUGCCCAGAGUCCUGGGCACCGCAGUGCAGGCCCAGAGAGCCAGGAUGCACUGAGGAGGCGCCUGCCUGUGCCAGACUCUCAAAAGGAUUCGGAAAAUGAUCCCUCAGUCAGCUCUCAAGCCCAGGGCACUGCAGUCAUACCAAAUGACACUGAAGAAGCCCAGACCCCACAUCCUGCAUGUGAUCUCAAGAACCGCCAUCACGAGGUAGGGGCCAGAGGUCAAGAGCAUGCAGACACAGGUGGCAGAUCAGAAGGUUCAGAGGAAGCGGCUGCAGGAAGACACCCGACGGAUAAAGCAGAGACCAGGAGCACCCUGCAUUCUCAGGACACAGGGCAGGAACGUCACCCCGCCUUGGAGCAUCUGGGUGCAGAGGCCCUGGAUCUGGAUCCUGCCUGCUCUCAAAGCAGCAAGGGAGGAAGAGCAGAUGCACACCUGGGGAGCAGGUCUGCAGCCCCCCCAGAGGGAGCAGGGGACAGAUGUGACGCUGCUCAGGAGCCACUUGCUGCAGAUGCCACAGAUGCCCAGAGUCCUGGGCACCGCAGUGCAGGCCCAGAGAGCCAGGAUGCACUGAGGAGGCGCCUGCCUGUGCCAGAGGCUGCAGGUCCUGCAGAAGAGCCGCAGCUGCUGAAGGAAACGGGAGAGGCUGCUGCGCAGGACACCCUGAGAAACAUCGGCACCAAGAGUCUCUGGAGCUAUGGGCCUGUGUUUCUUGGCUGCCUCGUAGUGGUUCUUGUGCUAAGUUCCGUCAACAGCUACUAUUCCUCCCCAGCCCAGCAAGUGCCCCAGAACCCGGCUCUGGAGGCUUUCCUGGCUCAGUUUAGCCAACUGAAGGAUCAAUUUCCAGGCCAGAGUUCCUUUCUGUGGCAGCGAGGACGUAAGUUUCUCCAGAAGCACCUCAAUGUCUCCAGCCCCACUGAGCCUGCCACCCUCAUCUUCACGGCUGCCAGAGAGGGAAAGGAGACGCUCAGGUGCCUGAGCCACCACGUUGCCAAUGCCUACACCUCCUCCCAGAAAGUGACUGCCGUCUCCAUAGACGGAGCCAAAAGAGCCCAGGAGGACAGUGAUACCGUCAAGCUGUUGGUUGACCUGGAGCUCAGCCAUGGAUUUGGGAAUGGCCACAGGGCGGCUGUCAUCCACCGCUUCGAGUCCCUGCCUGCAGGCUCCACCCUGAUCUUCUACAAGUACUGUGAUCACGAGAACGCUGCCUUUAAAGAUGUGGCCCUGGUCCUGACCGUCCUGCUGGAGGAGGAGACAUUAGCAGCAAGUGUAGGCCCCAGGGAGACGGAAGAAAAGGUGAGGGAUUUACUCUGGGCUAAAUUCACCAACUCUGAGACUCCCAGCUCCUUCAGCCACAUGGACUCAGACAAACUGAGCGGGCUGUGGAGCCGCAUCUCCCAUCUGGUGCUGCCCGUCCAGCCCGUCAGGAGCAUCGAAGAGCGGGGCUGCCUUCUGUGAAGCCAGGCUCAGAGGCGGUGUGGAAGGGACAGGUCUGAGAGCUCCCUUCCCCUGGGAGGAGCAGACAGCUGAGGGGCACAUGACCUUAUUUUAGAAAAGAAGCUUUCUUUCUUUUUUUUUUUUUUUCCUUUUUCCUUUCGUAAAAACUUUUCUAAUCUAAACUUUGAUAAAUCUAACAAUUGGCCUGAUGGUUUUCUUUGCCUUUUUAAGCAAAUCAGGCUUAGAGUACAGCAUGACGCAUAACAUGGAGGGAUUGUUUAAAUGUCCAGUCCAUGUGCAGAAUCAUUGCACAGGAAAAUCCGAUUUUCAGAGGGGCUUCAGCAGGGCUGCUGCCUUGGGAGGACUCCACAGGGCCUCUUGGACAGUGUUUGGACUCAGACAAGUAAUUCCAGUGAUUUCAGGGAACGCUCCUACCACAUAGGAAGUAUUUAAGACUCACUUUAAUAAGGCAGUUGUUGGGUUGUGUCUUACACAGAUUUGCACUUUGAGUAGAUGAAAACAGGAAACUAGAAUUCAACCCUCCAAAUCCUACCUAAGAACUUGGUUCGUGUAUGCUUUUAUUCCACUAAGGAGCUGAGGUAAAAACAGCUUCGUUAAAACACAAACGUUCCCGGGUACUAGAAUCAAUGUAGAAAUUGUUAGUAAUCACUGGGGAUGAAGAAAUUCCAACUGGCUGUAUCGUCUCUCUGUGCCUACCAGCAGCCCCUCCUUCACAUGAGAACACCUCUGCUUAACGUUUUCUGUUAAGAUUUCAGGGGAGCAGUGUUUCACUGAGAAGGAAGUUUGAACACCAUUGACGCGGCGAAAGCACAUUCUAGAAGCUGUGACCUCGGAUAGGAAGAGAUGGAAGCGAUAAAGCUUAGGCGUAGGGAGAUGGAGUAAGGUUUGCUGUACAGGGCGGCAGAGACCUGUAGCCGAGCUAGGGUAGGGUGUAGAGGCGUGGUCUCUGGCUUUGUUCAUUUCUCUUGAUCACUUCUGCCUCUGAUGCUGGGAAUUCAUGGUUGUCUGUGUGAGGGUUUGGGUACUGUUUCCGAAGAGACGUCGGUCUCAGCAGCUGGCAAAACUUUACCCCAUGGGAUCUGCUAGGCCAUGAUGGGACAUUUUGUUCGUUUCUUGACAGCUAGUUAGAAAUGCCAUUGGAGAAGGAAUUGGAGAAAGAUAGGAGAACAUCCUCCAAAGGGAAGAGAAGGAGGAACCAUGGCCAGUACGGGUUGUUAAGCCAUGUCCCGUGGUGGUUAGACUGGGUCCAGUAGCUGUCGAUCAGCAUACGGACUCUAAAGCGCUUGUAAAAUGAUCUGGUGUGUUCCAUUACGUGGACGGGAAUAGCUCUGGAAUUUUGCACUUGGUUUUGGCUCGUCUGCUGCUAUGAGAUCAUGUAUAUAAUUAAGAAGUUAAGUUAUUUGAGUCUGGAGGGAUUUUAGGAAACACUAAGAAGAUCUCUAUUGAUAGUUAAAAGAAUCAUAGAGACAUGGGGUGGGGAGUGAUCUGAGAACAUUUGCCACAGAAAGAACACAGAUUGGCUUUGGCCAGAGCCUUCGGUGUACUCAGUUAAGUGUGGACGCACACAUGAAAACACAGUACACAUUUGGGAUUUUGAAGGAAUCCUCAAUAGAUUUGAGAAAAGACCCUAAAACACAAAGUUUAAGCAUAGUGAAUGGAAUUUGAGUUCCAACCCAAUGUAAAACAGAAGGACUGAAGAAAAAUCUGUAUGCCAUAUUUGAUUUUUUUUUUCCUCUGUAUUUCUAGACUUCUAUUUGUUUGUU